AUGAUCACCGUCAUUGAGACGUUUGGUCUCCUCCUGUCGGGACCGCUACUGGCCGCCUUGAUUCGGGAGGGACUGAUUCAUGGCAAUGUGCGGUGGCUGGGCCUCCCAUUUAUUGUGGCUGGGGCAAUGGGUGUCUUGGUGGCUGUUACGAUUUCGUGUAUUAAUCUGCCAGCACACGCGAAGGGAGGAGAGUCUGAGGAUCUAGAAGAUAGUUCGGUCAUUGCUGGUUAG